AUGACUUCUACCGUCAAGGCUGCAGCUCUCUCCCUCCUGCUGGCUGCCGCCGCUAAUGCCGGUCCCCUUGAGGCCCGCGCCAGUGGUGUCCAAGGCUUCGACAUCUCCGGCUAUCAAGGCGAUGUAGACUUUGCCGGUGCCUAUGGAGCCGGUGCCCGCUUCGUCAUGAUCAAGGUGAGCUUAGCUGCUUUAAAGCCCCCCCUCUCAUCCAGUGAACAGCCCCAUAUUAACCCGCUUACUAGGCCACUGAGGGCACCAGCUACAUUGAUAAGUCCUUCUCCAGCCACUACGAGGGGGGCAACCUCUGCCGGUCUCAUCCGAGGUGGUUACCACUUUGCGCAACCCGCCUCCAGCUCCGGAGCCAGCCAGGCCGAGUACUUCCUCGCCCACGGUGGCGGCUGGUCCAAUGAUGGCAAGACCCUCCCGGGAAUGCUGGACCUGGAGUACAACCCAUCCGGCUCGACCUGCUACGGCCUCAGUGCGUCCGACAUGGCUGCCUGGGUCAAGGACUUCGGCGAGACCUACAACAGCAAGACUGGCCGCUACCCCAUGAUCUACACCACCGCCGACUGGUGGAAGACUUGCACCGGUAACAACGGUGACUUUGGUGCCGACUACCCUCUGGUUCUGGCGCAAUACGCCAGCUCAAUUAGCACGCUCCCCAAUGGUUGGUCGACCCAGAGCUUCUGGCAAAACACUGAUUCGUACAAGUAUGGUGGUGACUCGGAUCUGUGGAAUGGCAGUGAGGAUAACCUCAAGAAGUUCGCCAAGGGUUCAUAG